AUGAGCCAAUCUACCUUUCAUGGACUUUAUGUAUUUGGAGUGUUUGAAUUUGAGGAGAAGACAUCUCCCAAGAACGAGUGGCGCCCUGAGUGGCGAACCUACACUGUAUCAAUUGGUUGCACUGGUGCCAAUCGUGACCACCGACUGUUGUACGAGAUCCAAGCCAAAGGAUUUGGUGCCGCUCAAUUUUGGCUCUGGCAAGAUAACAUCUACUUCUUACGGGGGUCUUUCUUUCCUUCGAACUCCUCAACAACCAGUCAAGAUCAAUUGAUCUUUGAGGGGAGCGAGGCUAUAUUGUUAGCUCAGGCCAACAACUUUCUAGGGGAAACCAUCAAUGCUGUCGGUAUCACCGGUGUAGGUGUUUUACUCAAGAAGAAGACAAUUGUUGAGGUGUGCUGUCAUUAUCUCAAGAAGAAUGCUGUAACAAAGCCAUGUUCCGGUCUAAACGACAAAAACUGGACGCAACCACAAGGCAAGACUACCAUUGCCAAAUGUAUCAAGCAUUCACCAACACCUUACCACGGGGCAAAGCGUUGGAAAGUCUGUCUUGGAUUUUUUGGAACUACUCACAAGAUUACACUGUUGGAUGAACAACGCCAACAACUCCAUUCGACUCCAGAAUCCGAAGCAACCUGGAUGAUCAAGCCACACAGGGUGCAGGCAGCAAUCCACUCGGUUGAAUGUACCUGA